CACGGGACGAAUGCUUUUGCCCGAAACGGUACUAUUCCAACGCUACUUGCCUCCGUAAUCCACAAUCGGAUCUUAGGAUUCAUCCGACUUUACCGUUCGACAACAUCGAUCCAUCGAAGCCAUCCCGGGAUGAAACGUGAUACGCGGAAAGAAAUGUUAUGCCUGUGACGACGGCACCGUAAUGAUACCGAUCAACCGAGGGAGGGGAAGGCAGAGGCGGAGAGACGAGACUGAUGAAAAUUUCAGCGCCGACCAUGCCGAAAGGCGGUGGUACCCGCACCAGUUCCGUGAAUAUGGGGCAAACAUCGAAACGCGAUCAAAGACUAAUGGCUCGUUUCGAGCCGACAUCCUUCGGGCUGAAUUUUUAUUCGACGUAACGACGCGGAAUAUUCAGCCGCGAUGAUCCGUAUAUCAGCCGGUGGUAUAUCCCGGCCUGGGACCUGGGGAGAGCCCCUAAAGGGAUUAAACCGGGGAUAAAGAUUUUACGAUCGACGAUGGCCGCGUAGUAGCGAGACGAUGUCGGUUGACGUGGAAUUUUUUCCUCGAGGAGGAUUGCGAGACACGCUGAGCUUAGGAGAUCGCACGAUGGACAACAUGGAUCGACACGGUGGUCAGGGUAGACCGCGGAACCAGAUGCUCGAUCCACCCAACAUGAAACUGAAGGUGGAGCCUACGUUCGACUACUCGCAGAACACGAACGUGACAGCGCUGAUAGGGAAGACCGCUUAUCUCACGUGUAGGGUUCGCAACUUGGGCGACAAAAGCGUAUCCUGGGUGAGGUACAGAGAUAUUCACAUUUUAACGGCGGGGGCGUAUACCUACACGAGCGAUCAGCGAUUCCAAGCGCUUCACAGACAAAAUACAGGCCAAAAUAGCGAGUGGUCUGAAUGGACUCUUUGCAUAAAAUGGGCGCAGAAGAGAGACCAGGGACUCUACGAAUGUCAGAUCUCCACCAUCCCCGUCAAGUCGCAUCAAUUCUACUUGAACGUUGUCAUACCGACAGCGACGAUACUCGGAGGUCCGGAUCUGUACGUUGGCGCGGGGAGCACGAUAAAUUUGACGUGCGCCAUACACUUCAGCUCGGAGCCACCAGCUUACAUCUUUUGGUACUACAACGAGCAUGUUUUGAGCUACGACAGUCCCAGGGGCGGUGUCUCGGUGAUAACCGAAAAGGGUGGCGACGUCACCACGUCUUGGCUCCUUAUCCAGACGGCGCAACCCUCCGACUCCGGGGAGUACAGCUGCAAACCGAGCAACGCCAAUACGGCGUCCAUCAAAGUUCAUGUCCUAAAUGGCGAGCGACCAGAAGCGAUGCAGACCGGAACGGCGGGACCUAUUUUAUCCUCGAGCUGUCUUUUGGUGUCUCUGAUCAUUUUGUACAUAUCCUCCUCGGUGUAAACGUCGAACACGUAACGAGUCGCACGAAUCGUCGCUGUGACGCCUUAUUUUCUUAGAGACGGACCACCGAUCAAUCCGUCGGAUUUAAGAUCGCGCGCGCGUUGACGCG